AUUUAGAGAGAAAAAAUAGAAGAAAAACAACCAAAACCAACAGAAUCAGAAGAGAUAGGCUUAUCCAGCUGAAAAUCCAAGUGGCACAUCCUGGUAGGUGUUCAAAUCUAUCCCAAGAAGCCAAUGAUCCCACAUAGGCAAACUUAGAUUCAUUUUGUUCCACAAAAAUAUAUACAUUUUGCCUAUAUACUUUGCCCAUCCAAUUGAGUGACAAGAAUUCUAAGAUUGAAAUUUUCACAAUAAAAAAAGUAUACAUUAUCCAUGGCAUCUCUAGCAACCUUGGCUGCUGUGCAGCCCACCACCAUUAAGGGCCUUGCUGGAAGCUCCAUCUCCGGGACUAAGCUCCACAUCAAGCCUUCCCGUCAAACCUUCAAGCUCAACAACGCUAGGAGUGGUGCAGUAGUUGCUAAGUAUGGUGACAAAAGUAUUUACUUUGACUUGGAUGACAUAGCAAACACCACUGGUCAAUGGGAUAUCUAUGGAUCAGAUGCACCUUCACCAUACAAUGGCCUCCAGAGCAAAUUCUUUGAGACAUUUGCAGCCCCAUUCACUAAGAGAGGAUUGCUGCUCAAAUUUUUGAUAUUGGGGGGAGGUUCCUUGCUCACAUACGUUAGUGCCACAGCUCCACCGGAUGUUCUUCCGAUCAAAAAAGGUCCUCAACUGCCUCCCAAACUUGGCCCUCGUGGCAAGAUCUAAGAAUCUCGUAUGCUCGAAUCUCAUGUACUAUUACUCAUUGUAAAAUUGGAUAUCAUCUUAAAUUCAAUAUACAAUUUUAAGAGCAUAUGCUUGGUUUUCUUGUAA